UCACACAGACACACACACACACACACACACACAGACACAGCUACACAAUGUCGAGACUUGUCAAUGCAUUACAACAACAAGAAGAAGAAUAUGUUCGAAGACCUCCACUUCAUCUACGUACCUCAAAGAGUUCCACUAUACGACAUAAUUUAUUACUUUCACCGACUCGAACUACCAGUGGAUCACUACGAGGGGGUCCAACCAGUCGAAGAAGAACCAACAGUCUAAACACAGGUCCUAAAAAGGAUUUCAAGUUGCUUCCAAGACUGGAAGAAGAAAACGCAAAAUUGCCACCCCAAGAGUCAAUCGAGUUUAUUCUCGCUCAAAUUGAAAGACAAAAUGCCAAAUUAGAUGAAGACCCAAAAUCAGUGUGUAUUCAAUCGAAUCAACUAAAAACACACUUAUCGACCAUUCAAAACCUUGCAGUCACAUCGGAUGAAAUCGUCGACUCGACUAUCGAUUGGGAGUUCUGGACUGCCCUGACUGAAGACUUUAGUUCGGUUGCUCUGAAACUACCUCAUCUCGUCUCGGCAAAACUAAGAGCAGGAAUUCCCCCUAAAGUCAGAGGCGUGAUCUGGCAAGCCAUGUCCCAAUCCGCUUCCCUCAACCUCGAAACUGUCUAUGGUCAACUCGUGGCUGAACACUCUCCCUAUGAACGCAUCAUCCAAAGAGACUUGGCUCGUACCUUUCCCGGUAUUGAUAUGUUUAAGCAGGAAGGUGGUCAUGGUCAACAAGCCUUGGAAAGAGUAUUGAAAGCUUAUAGUCUAUAUGAUUCUUUGGUUGGUUAUUGUCAAGGUUUGGCCUUUUUGGUUGGUCCGUUAUUGUUAAAUAUGCCUGAACAGCAAGCUUUUUGUGUAUUUGUAAGAAUUAUGGAGACGUAUGAGAUGAGAACCAUGUUCACAUUAAAUAUGGAAGGAUUACAACUCAGAUUAUAUCAAUUCUCCAGCCUACUAGAUCAGAUCUUACCCGAUUUAUCGGAUUUUUUAAAUUUGCAUGAAGUCAAUGUGCCCAUGUACGCUUCUCAAUGGUUCCUGACUUUAUUUGCUUAUGCUUUUCCUAUGGAACUCAUUUUACGUAUCUACGAUAUUGUGUUUGCUGAAGGUGCUGCAGAAACCAUCAUGCGUGUCUCCAUCGCCAUGUUGAAACGAUCUCAAUCUAAACUCAUGAAACUUACAGAAUUUGAAGAUAUCCUCGACUUCUUAUCCAAUAAACUGUAUGAUGCUUACAACAAUGAUCCAACACAAGUCAUUUCAGAUGCUGUCGAACUCAGUGGUCUUAUCACCAAGGAAAAAAUGGAUCAUAUAGCAGAAACGUACGUCUCUGAAUUGGAACAAGAGCAAAAGCAAACUGAACAAGUACUGGCUGUUCGUUUCAAUUUCUGGUCCAAGAACAAUACAACAUCUAGUACGGGUAGUAAUCGUAGUAACACACGUAAAAAGAAGACCAUGUCUUGGUAUAGUAGUGCACCUGCCAAAAAGAGUUAUGAUUCCGAUCGUCAUUCGAUUAGCUCUCUAAGAGAACCCGAUGUAUCUCAAUUACAUCAUCAAAUUGAAGACUUGUUAUUAGCUUUACAACAAACGCAACGUGAAUCCAUUGAAUUAAAAGACGAUUUAAUGCAAUCAAGGUUAGACAAGAUGGAUGUGGAAGCAGAGCGAGAUGCAUUAAAGAUGACAAUGGCUAGUGCGUUUCAUAACACCAAGUAUGAACGCGAGUGUAUAGAAUUACGUAAAGAGAAUACAAAGUUAAAGCGUGACAAUGAUGAUUUAGUGCAUCAACAACUUAUGUCAAAGGAUGCAUUGACAGCCUUGGUUGAACGUAUGUUGGAUAUGAAGAAUCGUGUGGAUGCAUUGGAAUUAGAGAAUCGAAGGUCACAACAGGAAUGUCAACGAUUAGAAAAGGAUAAGAAACGUUUACAAAUGAUUUUUAAUUCUUCUUCAUCAGCCAUUUCUUCUCCUUCCUCUUCCUCUUCUUCUUCCAUCAAGAGUUAUAGUAAAAGAUGACUCUAAAAUUUAUAUUGAUAUCCCCCCCACACACAUCCUUUCUACCCCCCAUAGUAUCUUUUUUUCUCUCUUUCUUUUAUCCCCCCACCCACUUAUCCAUUUUUUAUUAUUAUAAUACAUAAUUGUUUUUUUUUAUAAAUUAUCACCAAAACAAAGGAUAAAGUAUCCCCCUUAUUCAUAAAGCAUAUGCGAAUACACAC